UUGGGGAUUGUUGCGUUUGCUCCCCGGACUCAAAAAGGGCUCCCCUGCUCAGUUAGCUGCCAGUUUUCCUCGCCCAGGUCUGGAAAAAUGACGGCGUCUUCCGCGCCGAGCAAGGAGCCGUCGGUGCGGCGCGAGAGUCCGCUUCCUUCACGGUGGCGCGUGCUUGGGACGCUCCUGGUGACUGUGGGGUUCCUGCUGUUCACUUUCUCGGAUGCCUGUGGUCCACCACCAAAAUUUGAGGCUAUGGAGAUGGUUGGUAAACAGAAGCCCUCGUAUUCUCCUGGAGAUCGUGUAAAUUACAAGUGUAAACAAGGAUGGGAACAUGCAUAUACAUUUACCACGACUACAUAUUGUGAACUGAACAACUCAUGGCUUCCUAUCACUGACUGGGCUUGUGAAAAGCUAAAAUGCCCCAAACUGCCAACCAUCCCACACUGCAGAGAACACCUUGUAAAUGGAACUAUCGCGUGGGGCCAUCAGGUUCACUUUGUGUGUGAUGAGGGUUAUUACCUAGUUGGUAGAAAAUUUAUACUCUGUCAACUUAAAGGAGCAAGGACAUUCUGGAGCCAUGCUGUCCCACGAUGUGAAAAGAUUUUGUGUUCACCACCUCCAAAAAUAAAAGAUGGAAAAUACACCUUUAGUGAUGUAGAUAUAUUUGAGUAUGCUGAGUCAGUAACUUAUAGCUGUGAUCCUUCACAUGGGGAAGAUGAAUUCUCACUCGUUGGAGAAAAAUCACUAUAUUGUGUCGCCAAUGGAGUGUGGAGUAGCAGUCCUCCAGAAUGUAGAGUGGUCAAGUGUUUAUAUCCAGAAUUAAAAAAUGGAAGACAGAUAACAGGAUUUAGGAAGAAAUAUUACUACCAAGCAACAGUUAUGUUUGAAUGCAACCUGGGCUAUCAUGUUCGAGGCAGUGACACUGUUGUCUGUAACAGCAAUAGCACCUGGGAGCCCCCGAUUCCAACAUGUGUGAAAGGUCCUAGGCCUACUCAUCCAACCAAGCCUCCAGUUUAUAAUUAUCCAGGAUAUCCUGAACCCCGUGAAAUAUUUAACGAGGAUAUAGAUGCAUGGCUCAUUGCUCUGAUUGUUGUUACUGCAAUUGCUGGGAUUGCAGUAUGCUGCACCUGCCUGUACAAAUGUAUUCAUGGCCGGAAGAAGAAAGGCUUGCUUUGCAGGAAGAGAGAGGUUACAGCUGGGUACACCGCCUUCCAGCACCAAUUCCCCCGUCCUGCAGAGUGCACUAUCAAUGGUUUCCACAACCCGGCCUACCCAUUACCUGCUGAUCCUGUUGAAACCUUCAGAAGCCAGACAGUCUCUGUUUUCUUACGAGUGCACCUGUUGAGUCACAGUGCAGACAUGUGAAUAUGGCUUGGAUAGAAACCAGCCUCUGGUGCACAUUUGAAACGUAUGAAUUUGGUUGUGAACAGAUUGCCUGUUUUCCCAUAACCAAUGCUGUUCUUCCAGGGAAAGUCAACGCAGUAUCCCUGGUGUGGCCCUGAUGAAGGGAAAUGAUUCAUUUUACAAAAUCCACAAAUUUAGAGAAAUGUAGUUUAAAAAUGAAACUAUGUUUGUAAAGCGAUCCUAAGAUGUUUGUUCAAAGAUUUACUCUUUCAACAACUCGACAAUGUAUUUUAAAUACUGCUGUUUGUAACAAGCCCUGACAUAUGUCCACUACUGCUCUCAUCAGUCGACGUCAAGAACACUGAAGGCUGGGACAAGGUUGACUUCCUCCAGUGAGAUGAUCAUUGGAAAGUCAAAAACUAACAGGAAAACAUUCUAUUUGUGUGUAACUUUUGUAACAAAAAGCAACUGGAAUGAUUACAUAUGGCAUUUUUUCCACCCCCACCCUCCCCUUUUUAAAAUAAUACCAACACGCAGGUCUAAGAGUUCAGUGGGGGUGGCAGAAUGAGCGGCACCCGGUGUAACAGUGCGAGGAUUGACAGCACAAAAUGUCAGCUGAAGGUACGCAGUGAACACCAUCACCCUGUGGUUUCCAUGGAGAAUUCACCACCCCAGUGCUGGCUGCGCUGGCUUUCUCACUCGGGCACGCCACCGUGUGAAAGUAGGUGGUCCAGUCUGCAAGUUCAUCAGGGAGCCCCAGGCUGUGUCGGGGUCUGUGUUGCCUUGUGGUGGAAACCUUGCACUGUGUGCGUCUCACCUCGUCCCCCAGGAGGCAGAGUAGGAAGGGAGCCACAGCUCUCAGGAGGAGGAAACCCACUUCGUCCGUCUGCUGCUGGCUGUGCCGAGUGCUGAGGAAAGGCAGCCCGGCCCCCAGCACCUCAUACUCACACAGAACAGACCCCAGUCCUCUCUCACAGUGACUGUCGAAGGAGCCAGCGGGCAUAGGGGAGAGAUCACUCCUCGAUUCAGAUUCCAGUUGUGCAACUUUUGUCUUAGUGGGCCAAAGACACAGUGCCAUGAGGAGGCUACGGCUGGGGAAUCAGGAGUGGAGCACUAUAAUACUGUUUUUCUGUGUAGACACAUGUUUACUGCACACGCUGAGUGCCCCUUGCAUUCUCUAGUGAGCUGCAUUAGGAAGAGAACAUUUGAGCAGAAAUAAGCAGGAAUUCUGAAUUAAGCAGAAUUGAAAGUAAUACCCAUUUUCACAUGUCUCUUCAAAAAUGUAGCAACUGCUCAGAAGCAAAGAAUGGUGGUACUGUUUUUUAUAAACCUGAUGUGUUUUCAACCAAAUAUUUUUGUGCUUAAAAUAGUUUAUAGCAGUUUCUGCUUAAAAUUUAACUGUAUCAACCUCAUAUUUGUUUAAGCCAGGCUAAGAAGCGUAUUUGAAUUAAAAAUUAUCUUUUGAUUGCAAAAAUGUAUUUUCAGUAAAAUGAGAAGUCUCAUGUACAGAGCUCUUUUAUUAUUUAUUUU